GUUUAAUUAUUAAAGAUCAGGCUGAUAGCUGGUGUGGCGGCCGUCGCCGCUCACCUCGACUGCCCGUGGGCAUCAGAAGAUUCCUUUAUAAGCGUUAGACGCCAUAGUGGAAAUCAUUGGUAAACAUGGUCUGGUUUCACUGCGAGGACUGUGGGGAUACAAUAAAGAAGCCCAAGCUCGUAAACCACUAUCGGGCAUGCUCUGCGAGUCGCUUCUCAUGCGUGGAUUGCCUCCAGACGUUCACGAGAGCAACUGUCAAUAGCCAUACGGUCUGCGUCUCAGAGCAUGAAAAGUAUGCCUUGGCUGCGACCAAGCCCGGCGGUUUUGCCGCUGCGGGCGUACCUGUCAAGCAAGGCGGGUCCGGGUCCGCAGCAGCUGCGGCCGAGCCUUCGGGCCUUGAAUUCCUCUCCACCAGGCCUCCUUGGAAGUGCAGCGUCUGCAACGUGUCUUGCACCAGUCGCGAGACCCUGAUCAGCCACGCGGCGGGCGCCAAGCACAAGCGCCGGGCUCGAGCUGCCCUCGCGGCCGCCAACGGAGGCGCUGCAACGACCAACGGCAACGGCAACGGUGCUAACAACAACGGCACUGCAGCAGCAGCAGGCGGUGCUGCUAACGGCGGCAACAACAACAACAACAACACCAACCACGCCUCCAAGCGCAAGGCGCCUAGCAGCAGCAGCAGCAGCUCCUCUUCUGACGACAGCAGCAGCAGCAGUGACAGCGAGAGCGAGGAUUCCAAAAAGAAGCAACAGCAGCAGCAACCCGCCAAGCGUCAGGCAGUCGGCACUGGCGCCAAGCCCACUGCCGCUGCUGCCAAGAAGCCCGCCGACAGUUCAUCUAGUGACUCUUCCUCCUCCUCCUCGGAUGAUUCCAGCAGCAGCAGCGACAGUGACAGUGAUAGUGGGGACGCCAAGAAGCAGCAGCAGAGGAAGCCGGCGGCAACCUCUGCAGCCAAGCCCGAGACGGCUAAGGCCGGGGCAACCGCCGCUGCCGCCGCCGCCCCAGCCACGAAGGGGGCUGCUGCUGCUGAUGCCAAGAAGAAGCCGUCGUCGUCUACUUCCUCGUCCUCCUCCGACUCCUCCUCUUCCUCGGAGUCUUCCUCCUCAUCUGACGACGAAAGCAGCGACAGCGGGAAAGCAGCAGCACCUGCUGCUGCGGUAAAAAAGCCCGCCGCCGCUGCUCCUGCUCCUGCCCCUGCUCCUGCUGCUGCUCCCAAAAAGGCGGCGGCUGCGGACUCUUCAUCUUCUGACGAUUCGUCUUCGUCGUCGGACGACGAGGACAGCAGCGACGCAGCAGCCACCCCACCCAAGCCUGUUGCUGCCGCCGCUGCCGCUCCCAAGACCGCAGAGCCCAACGCAGCUAAGAAGCCCGCACCUGCAGCCUCCUCCUCCUCUUCCGAGAGCUCAUCCUCCUCAUCAUCAUCUGACGACAGCAGCGACAGCGAUAGCGACGACAGCGGCGAAGCGGAUACCAGGAAGGGUAACAGCGGGCGAACGCAGUCGGGCCCCCUGGUUUCAGAGCCCAUGAAGACACCGGUGUCUGGGGGAGGUGGAAACGCAGCAGCAAGCGCUUCCGCGAAAGACAAGGCAUCAGCCGCCGUCUCGGCAGCAGCAGCUGUAGGUGCAGCGAGCAGCAAGCCGGGGUCGUUUGGCAGCGACAAGGGCAGCGGCAGCGGCCUAGACACGGACUGCUCUUCUUCAGACUCGUCUGAUUCGGAUUCGGAUGACGAGCGGGAGAAGAAGAAGUCGGCCGCAACCACCGCCGCCGCGGCCCUUGCUGCUGCUGCCCCGGCUGCGAAGGCUGCUGCUGCUGCUGUCCCUUCUGGUAAGGCGGCGAAGGCGAAGGCUUCUGAGAGCUCUUCCUCUUCAGGUGACGACAGUGACAGUGACAGCAGCGAUGAGAGCGACAGUUCGAGCGAUGAGGAGGAGGAGAAGAAGAAGGAGAAGGCGGGCACCGCUGCGACGGGGACAGCAGCUGCUGCGCCCGCGGCUGCGGCGAAGGCCACGGCGGCUGGUUCGAAACGCAAGGCGGAUUCGGAUUCGAACGAGUCAUCGGAUUCGGGUUCCGAUUCGGGGAGCAGUGAAAGCAGCAGCGAGGAGGACGAGGACAGCGACAGCGAGGAGGAGCAACCAGCUGCCAAGAAGUCCAAAUCCGACACUCUGGGGGCGGCUCUGGCCGACGGCAAGAAGUUUGGCAACCUGGCAGCCGGCGUGAAGGAGGCUCUCGACAAGAAGGGAGUGGUGGGUCGAAAAGUGUUUCUCAGACUGGUUCGAUCGCACCUUCUGGAGGUGACUGCGGCUGCCGGGGAGGUGGCUGACGAGGAUUUGGAGCGGGUACGGAAGCAGCUUGCGUUGACGGGAGUGUGUGAGGUGAAGGCUGCGACUGCGACACGCCUGGUGAAGCCCAAUGCAGCUGGCAAGGCCAGCAAGAAGUGAGGGGGAGGAGGAGGAGGAGGACAAGGAGGGUGGCAUUGGGUGACGACGCUACCGAGUUGACAGGGUUACGGUUUUGGUUGCAGCGGUACGGGAAGGUCAAAGCAUGAUGGUGGUUUUACUGAGAGUGGAGGGGAGCAGGAUGGCUGUGUGUAUAGUUUGAGAUCGAGAGACGGGUAGCGUGUGUGUGCUGAAAUGGUGCUUUCAGAACUCGAGGUUGGUAACAGUAACACUGUGUUAAAAAAGAUGGUUGGGCGCCGGUUCAAGGAUGGGAGGGUACAUUGUGUUGGACGGAUUAAUAGGCCGUUGGGAGCUUUGCAUGCUUUCUACAUGAAGUGUGUCAUGAUAGUAAGCGAUGUGAGAUAUGACUAUAUCGAUACUUUGGGUGAUCCUGACCAGUCGUAAUCUAUGUGUCACGCCUAGGUGGCUGAGCGGCCGUGGCGAAUAUACUGGUGUGAUGAACACGGCCAGACAUUGCGACUUCCCCUGCCUGUCUGCCCUUCCUCUAUUGUAAAAUAACCGCG